AUGCUGGGCAAAGGGGUGGGGUUGGCGACAGUGGUGGUGGAGUUGCUGCUGGUGCUGGUUGCAGCGGUGUUGGCGUCGCAGAAAGGAUUGAUUGGCUCCUGGAUCGGCGUGUGCGUGCCCUUGUACAUCCAAGACCUGUCCCUGGCCAUCCUGUUCGUGCUGUACGUGCGCCAGCGGCCACGACCGCCCUGGAAGGACGGGCUCGUAAGGAUCGUCGCGCUCGCAGCGAAGAUCGCCGUGGACGUGGUGCUCCCGCUGCAUGCGGACGGCCACAUUUCAGGACCAACCACCGCCAUCCUCGCACCCGUCUACCUAUUGACCAUUGCCGUCUUUGUCACCACCCUCAUGGCCAUGCUGCGCUCCAACAGAUAA